AUGUGGGCCAUUGCUCUCGCUGCCGCUGCCCUCACGGCGCCCGUCCUCGCCCAGGGCGGCGCGACCUGUAACCAGACGCAGGCCUGUCCGCUCUCCGCACCAUGCUGCUCGCCCUACGGUUUCUGCGGCAAGGCGCAGUUCUGUCUCGGCGGCUGCGAGCCGCUCUACUCGUACCAGCUCACAUCAUGCAAGCCCGAGCCCGUGUGCCGCGACCUUGUAACGGAUUUCACCGACCUCAGUCGCGUCAUGAUGAAUGGAACCAAGUACGACGGCAACGCGACCGCGUGGGACUGGGUCGUCGACGCGGGCAAGGUCGUGCCGUCGCCGACCGGCGAUGGCGCACGCCUCACCCUCACCCAGGAGGAUAAGGGCACCAAGAUCUCGACUACGCGUUAUGUCCAUUACGGCCUGAUCGACUUUGUUAUGGAGACGUCGAGGUGGCCUGGUGUCGUCUCGGCUGCUAUCACAAUGUCGGACGUCAAGGACGAGAUUGACUUUGAGUGGCCAGGCGCCGUCACCAACCAGGUCCAGAGCAACUUCUUCUUCCUCGGUCACGUCAACUACUCGGACUCGAAUGGCGGGUACCACAAUCUUUCUGGAAACACAGCCACCUCGUUCCACAAGUACACGAUCAACUGGCAGCCCGACAUCCUCGAGUGGUGGAUCGACGACAAGAUUGUGCGUUCCGUUAAGAAGGCCGACACCUGGAAGGAGUCUACGCAGCAGUACUACUUCCCCACGACGCCGUCUCGUGUUCAGCUCUCGGUCUGGCCCGCCGGUAUCGAGGGUGCCGCCAAGGGCACUGUCGAGUGGGCUGGAGGCAUGAUCGACUGGACCGAGUCUGACUACAUCAACAACGGUUACUUCUGGAACACGAUCAAGCAAGUCAGCAUCAGUUGCACUGACGAGCUUCCCAUCGCGCCAGACUCGACGGGAUACCAGUUUAUCGGUAACGACUCGGACAACGUUCCCAUGGUUGGCCUCACCAACCGCUCGACGAGCAUGCACGCGAAUGGCGCAGGUACCGUGUCGCCGGUCGGCGCGGGCCUCGCCCUCGCCCUCGCCACGUCCAUCCUCCUGGCCUUCCCGGCGAUGGCCUGGGUGGUUUAA